GGCGGUGCCUGCUCCGCCCGGCGCGGAGGGAAGGAGGGCGGGCGGCAGGCGGAGGGGCUCGCCCCGCUCCCCAGCGGCCGCCGCUCCUCUCGCCGGGCUCGGGCUUGGCGGCGGGCGGCGCCUCCGCCAGCCCUGCUCUGCCGGGCGCCCCGCGGCCAUGGAGCUCUGCCUGCGCCUGCUCCUGGCCGCCUGCCUCUGCCUCGGGGCGGCCGCCGCGUUUGACAGAAGGUGGCCCAGACAAAUAAUCUCCUCUGCAGGACUGUGUCGGUUUGGAAGUAGAAUCGACUGCUGCUGGGGCUGGGCCCGUUUGUCUUGGGGACAGUGCCAACCUUUCUACGUCUUAAGGCAGAGAAUAGCCAGCCUAAGGUGCCAGCCCAAAGCUAUAUGCCAGCCAGGAUGCAAACAUGGUGAAUGUAUUGGACCAAACAAGUGUAAGUGCCAUCCAGGAUACACUGGAAAAACCUGCAACCAAGAUCUAAAUGAGUGUGGACUAAAGCCCCGGCCGUGCAAACAUCGAUGCAUGAAUACCUACGGCAGCUACAAGUGCUACUGUCUGAAUGGCUACAUGCUCAUGCCAGAUGGAACGUGCUCUAGUGCCCUUACAUGUUCCAUGGCAAACUGUCAGUAUGGCUGUGAUGUGCUGAAAGGGGAAAUACGCUGCCGCUGCCCUUCUCCAGGAUUGCAGCUAGGGCCUGAUGGGAGGACCUGCAUAGAUAUUGAUGAAUGUGCUACUGGGAGAGUUAUCUGUCCCCGAUUUAGGCAUUGCAUCAAUACUUUUGGAAGCUACAUUUGCAGAUGUCAUAAAGGCUUCGAUCUAAUGUAUAUUGGAGGCAAAUACCAAUGCUACGAUAUAGAUGAAUGUUCCCUUGGCCAGCAUCAGUGUGGUGCUUUUUCACGAUGUUACAAUACACAAGGAUCCUACAAAUGCAAAUGUAAAGAAGGGUACAGAGACAAUGGAACAAACUGCAUACUUAUUCCCAAUGUUAUGAUUGAACCACCUGGUCCGUAUCAUAUAUUCAAGGGCAACAGCACAUUUCCUAAGGGAGGCAGUAGUGUAACCAGUAGGAUUCCUGAUGUUGGAGGCACAAGGCAACCCCUCAGACCACCAUAUAUACCUGCUAUUGUUACAGAAAGGCCAGUGGCCAGGCCAACAACUCGACCCACACCCAGGCCAACAACUCGACCCACACCCAGGCCAACCACCAGGUAUGUGCACAUGACGACAAGACCAGUAACAAAGCCAGUGACGAGACCUCCACCUCCAACGCAACCCCAGCCUACAACAUUAAGGCCUACGCUACCACCACAAAGAACUCCUGUGAUGACAACCGGAGAUCCUUCCCAUGUUCCCAUUGAAACUACAUCUUUCCAAGGAACUACAGUUGACAACAGGAUCCAGGUAGAUCCUCAGAAACCCCGAGGAGAUGUGUUCAUUCCACGCCAGCCAGGAGUAAGCAAUAAUCUGUUUGAAAUACUUGAAAUUGAAAGAGGGAUUACUGCUGAUGAGUUUGAAGCAAACGAUGACCCAGGUGUGCUGGUACACAGCUGCAAUUUUGAUAGUGGACUGUGUGGCUGGAUGAAGGACAAAGAUGAUGAUUUGCACUGGGAACCAGUUCAAGAUCCAUCAGGGGGACAGUAUCUUACGGUCUCUGAGCCCAAAGACAAAGACGGAAGAGCAGCGCAUCUCAUCCUGCCGAUGGGUCGCAUGGCUCAGGCCGGGGACUUGUGCCUGUCGUUUAGGCACAAGGUGCCUGCGCUGCAUUCUGGUGCCCUCCACGUCUUCGUGAGGAAAAACGGUGCUCACGGACCAGCUGUUUGGGGAAGAAAUGGUGGCCAUGGCUGGAGACAGACGCACAUAACUUUGCGAGGCUUGGGCAUCAAGAGUAUUGUCUUCAGGGGUGAGAAAGGGAAAGGAAGAACUGGGGAUAUUGGACUAGAUGAUGUCAUCUUGAGGAGAGGACGCUGCUCUGAAGAACACUAGCGAAGACAGUGGACUGGCACAAGUCAUCUCCUCUAGCCCUUCUCAUCCUCUUCCUACCAACCUUCCAAACAAAACUGCAUGAAAAAGAAACAUUUAGAGAGUGACAAUUUCUUGAUGGUCUGCUAAGUGCAUCCCCAGUGAAUCUGGGCUAAAAACAAUGAAGAGCACCUACCAAGAUUCAGGAACUCCAAACCAGUGCUGGGUGUUUCUGUUAGCCUUUGCUCCUAAUCAUAUUUUAUAUGUAGAAACAUCCCCUGUAAAGCCUGAUGAGUGCUCAUACCAAGAAGCACUUGUGAAAAAGGGAGAAUUAAUGCCAAACGUUGUCAAAAGAAAUCUCCAGCUUAUAAAGUUUUAGUAUUAAUAACAUUCAUUAUUUUCUGUACUGCAAUAAAACAGUAGUUUUACUGAUUAUAUUGAUAGACAGUGGGAUUGACCUAGCUUCAUAGCUAGCUCAGAUUAGCUGAGGCCUGGACCUGAACUUUGGCUAUCUUGCUGCCAUUGACUUUUAAAGAAGGGUUUGCUGCAUAUCAAAUAGCAUUUAUUUUGGCAUUGUAUCUGUAUUAACAAAAGCAGUUAUAUAGAGUAGGUACUGCAUCCUGUAAUAUUGCUACUGCUGUUUUGUGUAUAUGUGUAUGGUUAUUAACAUAUUUAUGUUUUUAAUAUUUACAGACUCUAGUUGCAAGGUAAAUGGCAGCUGUGCUUUCUUAUUGUACAAGACAGGAGCUUAUUAUACUCUCUGAUCCCGCUGGUCGUGCCAAUACAUAGGUUACCAAAGUCAGUUAAUGGUGCUCGUUGAAAAACGUUUCCUGACAGUUCCCUUUUGCACAAAAUGCUGGUGCAGUUUUUCAUGUUACAAUGUGCUGAAGGCAAAAAAAGCAAAUCCUCACCUGCUGCAAGCUGGCAUCUGGUCAUGCCGUACAAGUCUGCAUUUAGCUCAGGAGCAAGCCCAAAGGACUCUCAAUCCUGCAAGCAGCUUCCUGCUACGCUGAAGGCUGAGCAGGCCGGAGAAGGUACGCCGCGUCUCAUACGACUGAGCCUGUUGAAACUACGAGGAACGUUCCUUCCGCAGUUUUAUGCCAUUGCCGCCCACCUGAAAAACGUAAGCAAAAAGGCAGCCGUGUUAAUCCGGCAUGAACAAUUUGGACAACAAAAUGCAUUGAGUGAUCUUUGUCAAAUGUCCGUAUUCCAUCCAACUGUUUUGUAUACAGUAAACAUUUUUCAGAACUAAAACAAAUAUUAGCUCUAGCUGGAACUAAAUAUUUAGCAGAACUUUGGAUGACAUUUUUUAGUUAUGCAUCUUGCAUGUGAUGUGCAGCUCCCCAGGGAAUUUCUCUGUUUGGUUAGAGAUUUUUGUAUGAGAAACAUCAUCAUCAUUGCUGUCAACAGUUCUAAAUUUGAAAAAUUGUAAUAUUUAAGAAAAUGACAAAGAUUGAUAAAAUGUUUUUAGUAGCACAGCCUUAAAGCAUCAAAAACAUACACAUGGAAGAAAAUAGGCCUCAGAUCUUUUAAAUAUUUGCAUGUGACAUAAAAUAAUUGUCAGUUCCAUACUGUAAAACUAUCAUUUCAAAAAAACAAAAAACACAUUGGGCCUUACACAAAGUCCACAGAGAUAAAACUGCAAGACCAGUAGAGGCCCUAUUCCAAAAAGCUGUUUCUGACAAAUUACUGUUUUAAGAAUUUUUCCAAUUUGUUCUCCAGGACACCACAAGCACAGUAUGUAUAGCAAAUUCAUUUGACCAAACAGAUAUUCUUCAGUAAAAGUGCAUUGACAAACUUUUUGAAUUGGAAGAAAUAAUGCAUUUGUAAAAUCUUUUAAAACUAUUUUGCUUUCCAUAUGAUCAUGGUGUUUUUCUUUUAUGUUAUUUUGCAGUAUGUCAGAAAUAUUUGUGAAUAUUUGAAAUGCCUUAUCAUUAUUUUAAAAUAAUCAGUAAAGGCAGCUGUUACUUCCUA